AACAACGCCUCAUGAAUCGUAGCCAAAACAUCCAUUUGCCUGUAGCGCAGGAGCCUGACUGGGAGAUAAACAACACCGAGCAAGAUCUCUCAAAAAUUAAAAGUGCAGCAGACAGUUUUGUCAUCCUACAGUCCCUCAGGCAAUGUGCACUUUGGAGAUUCGGUCCGCACAUAUUCACAGAAACGACCAUGUUUGAAGUACACUAUCACCCCAUUCUUGUGCACACAGCACCUGGACCUACCUAUACGCAGCAACAAGGUGCCACCAGUUCUGUCUCUGCGCCACAAGGAUCUACUACUCCCCUCCUUUCGUCAUUACCAAACUCUACAAGUAUCCCACCAACGCUUAUCAACCAAGUGAAUGAAACGCCUCCAUGGACCAACUUAAAAACCCUUGGUGUAACGAUACAGCAACUCGCAUCUUCAUCCGGGGUGAACCUGGAUGCUUCUUCAAUGCAAUCCGCACAGGCGCAGAAUACAGCAACAGCUGUAGCAAAUGGUGCAGCGUCACCUAUUCACCCGGUAUAUCAAACCAAGGAUUUUGAUAUCGUAAUCGAAUUCCGUGAGUGUCCUACGGACCGUUGGAUUUUCCCUCGUGGUCCUGCCGUAGGCAAUUUCACCCCAGUUCCAGGGUCAAUGGGAUCAUAUGGCGAAAUAACCCUGUCUACGCGUGUUCCGUUUGAACAACGGACUGAAGUAGUUUUGGAGUCUCAACCCGAUGGACAAAUUCGGUCGAAGACACCAGAACCCCGGGAAGUGGUCACAUUUACUUUCACCGGGGCGGGUGCUCCCGUAUGGGAUUCGAUAUUACGCUGGAUCGGCUCUGAAGACAAGUUGGAAGAAAACCGCAGGAUUCUCGAAUCCAUUAAUACACCUCGACGAGUUUACUUGGCACAUAGAAUUGCAGAAAGCUCUCUACUAGCCCAAAUUCAAAACGCUGCAGUUCCUACAUUCUCUACAAAGCUUCUCAGGUCAGCCGCAGAGAGUAGCAAUAAACCGAAACGCAAGGCAGCACCUCGUAAACCUCCUCAGGCCCAGGCCCAGCCUCAACCUCAGCCUCAACCCCAGUCACAGUCCCAGCCACAGCCUCAGUCUCAGGCCCAGCCUCCGCCUCCGCCACAAGACGCAGGCCCUGUGCAACAAAUCGGAGAGUCAGCUCCACCUCCGCCAAAGAAAAGGCGCCAGACACAACCGAAAUCCACGACUUCGUUGCCCAAGAUAGCUUGCUUUGCGUGCGGACAAACAGAUGUCCCUUUAAUCAUGGGCGGAAGAUAUUGUCGGCCGUGUGUUGAAGCCGGCUGCGCUAUCGAUGAUAUACCGCAAGUAGGCAGUAGCCGGUACUCUUACCAAUCCUCCGCACAACACUCGAGGCAAAGCAGCACCUCGCACACUCCAGAUGCUCGACAUCAGUCCACUACUGCUUUAAAGACCCACGCGGUUUUUGUUCCGUAUCCCAAAGCCUCAGCAACAGAGCAGACGAGUAAUGUACCGACGCCCGAUGCCAGACUAACCUAAAUAUCAUUAGCAAGAUAAUUAUGUGUACAUCGAAUGCGUGCGUGCGUGAUAUGCGAUUACAGUGAUGCAAAUGACUAGAGUCCAAGA